AUGGCGCGAACGGACGCGAUCGGUAAUCGAAUUAGGUAAACAAACACUCCAUAAGGCGGGCGUACGUUGAUAAUGUGUGCAUAAGCAAAUAGGAGACGGGAUUGGGAUUGGGAUUGGGACUCUGCGCUGGACAGAUCGGAUGGACUGCGAUGGAUGGGGGGAUCUCGAGGAGAGGGUUGCGAUUGCGGCGGCGAUGACGGGCGGAAAAAAACCUAAAUGAAAUUUCAUUUAGGUGGUCGCCAACGGCUGCGGACCAUCUGCUUGUGUGAAUGCUUGAUUGUUGAAGUGCCACUCGAUGGGGCGAGGGCGCACGCUACUCGCGGUGAUUACACUGGCCAAAAUUGGGAUCAAAUUGUUACGAAGUAUGUAUAUAUCACAUACAACUCUAUUCCAUAGAGUCCAUUGGUGCAACUCUUUAUAUCUGAAAUAUCACAGUGCUGUAAAGUUUCUUUGGUUGCGAUUAGUGCAGUUAAGUUCUGAGGAAUAUGGGUCAGCGGUUUACGUAAUUUCUUUCCGUGCAGCGAUCAGUAUCCAGAUAUUAUUUACUUAGUAAAUUAUUCCUGUUCGAUUGUUUGCGUUUGCUCUGGAUCUCUGGCAUGAGGGCACUCGAACGUCAUCGUCAGCAGCGUUUCAUUCAUGAUUCGCCUUUCACAAAUCGAAGGAACAUAUAUGCACGACUGUUCGGGGCAUUGUGCACUUUGCAUUCGAACAGACAAAUAAAUACAAAGGCAGUUCUGAUCAGCUUAGUGAGACAUCUCAUUAUCGCCAGGUGAUUCUGCUGAACCAUACCGUUUCGCAUCCAGAUUUCUGCACUCCCUCCUCUUUCCGCCCGUUCCCAUCCCAUCCGAUUUCAUCGCAUCCCAUUCCAUUGGGGAAUCAUUUCAGGUAAUUGCUUUUUAACUCGACUCUCAGCUUUCAUCUUUCAGCUUCCAAUUCGAAUCCUACAGCGCCGGGAGCCACUCAAUCCGUGGGCUUUGAUGCAAUUUGGCUUCUGUGCAGGCCACUCUGCCACUUGGUGGAGCCCGUUUCUGCCCCGUUCUGUUCUGAGAGCUGUGAUCUGUGUGGCUCCCCGAUCACGCCAUGUGUAGUUUAGUUGCAGUUUCGAUUCACAUCGGAUUGCCUUGCCCAGGCAGCACAUCAAUCAUCCAUCACGCACCAAAGGCCGGGAGACAACGACAAACUGGCAAUGCAAACCUGAAUGGCAAACGGCCCAUGCCACGCAUGCGAUUUAUAUGUGUCCAAGGUUCUCUCUGGAUCGCAAUGGAAGCAAUUUGGCCACUUCGCUGCACAUUUGACCGGAUUAAAAUUCCUUUCAAAUGGCUAUAUGCUACUAAGCUCUUUUAAAUUGCAGGCAUUUUAGUUAUUGUUAUUUAGCGAUCAUUUUGAUUGGUGUCCAUUAUGUUAUCUCUCAACGAAAUAACGAUUUAGUUUGUUUAAACAGGACUUCACAGGCUUAAAUCUUCUUUUAAUAAGUUAAUGUUUAAAAAUCGAGUUUUAAUGGCAAUUGGUCAGUUUAAAAGCGGAAGAGUAGUAAUGAAGUCCAAUAAAAAGGAAGCAAUUUAAUGCUCUUUUGUUUUAUU